AACUGCUUAACGUGGUGAUCAAUCAAAUGAAACGCUCCAAAUAUACUCCAAAAAAUCAAAAAAGAUCUACCUUUACCAUUUGAAUCGGAAUUCCAGUAUUUUACUGGGUCUCCGAUGAUCUUCUCCGAUACCCACCUCUCAUGCUGGCUUAUUGGGUCUUUUCCCUUCUGAUCCCCGGCCAUUAUCCCACUUCAAUGAAGAAUCCUUCUUCCCCUUCCACUUCCCAUCUCAUUCAAGCUCUGCUUCUCCUCUUCCUCUUCCUCGUCUCCAUCUAUAACUGUCUCCAGAACCUCCACUUCUCAACCAAAAUGACCAUAAAAACUGGCGCAAACCACGCCUGUGCAGCCUGCAAAUACCAGCGCCGCCGAUGCUCCAAGGACUGCGUCCUCGCCCCUUACUUCCCCGCUGACAAGGCCAAGCUCUUCCAGUACGCCCACCGUCUCUUCGGCGUCCACAACAUCAUGAAAAUCCUAAAACAAGUCCACGUCGAACAACAGGAGGAGGCCAUGCGAUCGAUCAUAUAUGAAUCCUACAUCCGUGCCAUCUACCCGGUCCAUGGCUGCUACGGUGCAAUCUGCCUCCUCAAUUUCCAACUUCAGCAAUCUAUCGAAGAGCUCCGGUACGUCCACACCCGGCUGGCGAUCUGUAAGGAGCAAUGCCAGUACCAAAUCCCUCCCUCCCCUGCCUCUUCUUCGUCACAACUUCGUUCAGACAUUUCGUCGAACGGUAAUCUUACUAUGCCUCUAAUGACACCCAGUAAUUUGUUCGUCGAAGCAGAUGAUGAUUUGGUAAAUAAGAUAUCGAGGGUUCAUUUAACCAACAGCAACAAUAUUAUGAACGAUGUGAUUCAGUCGUAUUAUUUAGAUUUCCCUCCUCAUCAAGAAAUAGUUUCCCAUGAUUACGAAGGUAUACCUUUUGAUUCCAUCAUGGACGACAGACAAUCUUAUAAUGAAUCCAGAGAAGCAGGAUUUGACUCAACAAGUGUGGAGUCAUCAUCAUUCAAGGAUGCAAAACAAUCGAUUGAACUUGUUACGGAGGAAGAACUCAAGAGUGCUGCUGCACGGCUCGGGUUGACUACCCUUAAUGAUUGAAAAUGAUUUUAUAUUUUAGAUUUAGCGAUAAUUUUUUUCUAUUCAAGAAACUUGAGUUUAUAAGUUUUGUUUACAAAUUUUAUUUUUAUUCUUUAGAUUUUUGUCUCCAAAAUGAUUCAUUUGUUCAUAUUUAAUUAGCUUAGUACUAAAUAAGAGAUGUAUUUCACAAUGCUGAUAAAGGAAAAAUUUUCUU